AUGUCAAACGGCUUGAGAGAAGGUAAACAACAAGAACGCCAGCGUCGAAUUCCGUUGCAAAUAUUUCAUUUACAAAAUGCAUAGAGCAUCAUCAUUCGAUAACAAGUUUAUUGAUAAUCAUCUAAGAAGAUGCGUGAAAGUGUUAUUUCCUGUUGUGCCUUUGCGGGUAAACUUCGAGAGCGUUAGUGUUCGCAAACCCGAAAUGUUUUACACGAUAGUUGAACAAAUCGAUCUUCAAAACCUUAUUCAAAUAAGGAUGACUCAAGUAAACGAUCAUUCCAAAAUGUUUAUCAGCACCAUAGACAACGCCGCAUAUGAACAAAUAAGAACAGAACAAUCUUUGCAUGUUACUUUCCAAGGGUUUGUCGAUCAUCUUAUCAAAAUUCUUGAUAACUGCAAGCGAGAGGAGCUACAUCUAGCUCUGGUUGCUGGUAGCAACGGUCAUAUGCUGCAAAUCUUUGAAAAGAGCUCCUUCAAAAAUUUAACACAUUUGUUUCUCGCAAUGGAAGAUGCAUCAACGGACACUGUCCUCUUUCACAUAAAUCAGUCACUGCAAAUACUUCAAGAACAGGCAUCUGCAUAUUCGGCGCAAGCACAGAAGUAUCAACUGGAGAUGAGUACGAAAAACGAUGUUAUCGGUAGACUAAAGGAAGAAAUUAUGUCCUUAAAUGGAAAAAUAAUGGAGCAAGAAAACUUGAUAUUUAACAGAAACACCGAAGAAGUAAGUCGCCUGCAUCAAACUAUUAAAAAUCUAAAUGAAAGCAAGGAUGUUGAAGAAAAGCGAUUGAAAUCGAUAAUGCAUAGUAUGCAAGAGAAAAUAGACCAUCUGACGAAGGAGACAUAUGAUCGCACAGAACGCAUGGUACAGGAAACGAAACGUUUUGAAACUUUGCGAGAAGAAAACAUAAAACUUCGUGCUCAAAACACUCAAAUAAGGGAAGAGCUGGAACGUUUACAGGCUUGCAUUGCAUCGCAACAGAGCCGAGAAUCUAGAUCGGAAACCACUGUUGCAGAAUUAAAACGUCAACUGAUGGACAUGCAAAGCAAACUAAAAAUUGCUCAAAAACAACAAUCGGAAUUGGAAGCCGAACUGGAAGCGGAGAAAAAUAUAUGCCACACUAAAAAGCACGCGUUGCAACUGACGACCGACGAACUAGCGAAUGCCUCGUCGGUUAUCAAUAACCUCAACAAGGAAAACAUCAAGUUGCAGAGCAAAAUCGAUCUUCGCACCGAAAUCGCGAUGCGCCAAGAAAAAUUGUUGGUUGAGAAAGAAAAGCAACUAGUAGAGCUGAGCAAUACUGUUGCAGCUAUACAGCAGGAGCAUAUGAAAAACAGAUCUUCAAGAGAAGAAUAUGCUGAAAUGGUCAAACGCAUCAGAGAAACAACGGAUUUAAUUGAGGAAAAGUACAGAAAAAAAAUCAACGACAUGAUACAUAAGUUGACAAACAAUCAAAUUGUUGAAACAACAUCCGUGCUAAGCGUCAAUGGAAAAUAUUUGCGCCCUCAAAAUCGCGUAGAAUAAAGGAAUCAGCAUUGGUCAACAUCCAUACUAUUUGUGUGCUGUUAUCAAAUUACAGAUGCGGGUCGGAUUUAUUUUUACGCCGAUGGAGACUAUUGCAUGAUGAUACACUCAACUUUUUAAGAAUCGUCGGAAACACUCUUAUAUUCCAGUGGAGCAGAUGUAGCAGAUGUAGCUAUAUUUACAGCCUGAUGUAUAUAUUGCUCCUGUCCGGCUUUUAGCCGCUCUCGUAUUAGCUCGGCGAUAGCUUUCUGUGUUCGGCGUUCCAGCUUCUCCAACUUUUUAGAAACAUCUCUUUUCAGAUCCCAGUCAGGUUUACGGGGGGCAAGAUUAGCAAUAUCAAUCUCUUCAAUGACGAUUGGCGUUUUCAUCAUUUUAAGAUGUGUAUCCACUUCCUUUUCGACUACUCCGGCGUGAUCAUCCAACACUGUUAGUUCCUGAAACUCUUCUGUUCCUGGUUUGUAGUUUCGAAAGACAGGUCUAUAAGGAGAGUAAACGAUGCGUGGCGUAAGUGAUAGCAACAUAUAACAUAGCCAAUUACCACUCACUUAGGUACGGCUUUACAUUCAUCAUUGAUGCUGCUCUGUUGUUCAUCAUGUGUUCGCUUUCCACGUAGUUCCCGUAGUCGAUUUUUACGCCUUAGUGCUUCCUCUUCGAGUUUCCCUACCGCAUCAGCCAUUGGAAGUAUGGUUUAACUUAAUUAAUAAAGAAAACUUGUAUACCGCCGUACCGGGUGCGUCUUUUCUGAGCCAAACAAACAAAUACAACCCGGUGAAAAACAUAUAUCAAUCAAUAAUGACGUCCGCAAACGCCAUGCCGAUGAUGAGGGAUUAUUUCACGCACCCGCAGUAUGUCAUGAAGAUCAAACACCAACAAGACAUUUUCAUAACGCAACUAUACGAGCACAGUCGCUCCACUUGUAACGGAAUCAUCGUCUUGUUCAAUUCUUAUUCAUCAAGAUCUGGAAUGUUUGUAUUUUGUGAACUGUGCCACGAGCAGAGAACAACAGACGAGUUGGAAUUCUACAUCACAACUUGCAGCCACAUAUUCUGCCGGAAAUGCGCAACGUUAUCAAAGGAGUGUCCGAUUUGUGCGAAACCUUGCCGAACUACGAUUAUGAACAAGGACUUGCCAUUGAAGGUAAAGGAGUACUUCAUGAACCAGGCGGAACAGCUAGGAAAAAUAGGAAGGAUCUAUCAAUUCCAAAACAGCAAGAUGGACCACUUUAUAGAAGCAAACUGGACUGUGUUUAAGGAGUACGAAACAAGAAAACAGCGGUUUCAGAAACUGAAGCAAAUGUAUGAAGCAUACAAAAAAGGGAUCGUCGACGAACAGAAUCUGAUUGUUCAGUUGCAACAAAAACAAAAACAAACUUCGCGAAAAGGUAAUGCUACAGUUUUUGGAGAUAUCGCUAAAGAAGAUUUCUUUCAAUGUACAACCCCAAAAUAAUUCUAGUGCCGAAUCUUUACAGAACAGAAUCUUUUAUGGUGAUUAAACUUCAUGUUCAGUAGACCUUUUUGUUCAAAUAA